AUGGGAGCGCUCCGCGCGCCGCACGUCACGCGCGCGGCGGUAAAGCCUGUGGCCCUGGUCAAGGUCAGGAGGGAUGGGAGUCGCGUGGCUCCCGUUUCCGCGGUGUUUUCCCCCAACGAAGCUGCCUCCUGGCUCGCUCCGCGGUCCCCGGCACAGGGGCGGCACCGCUGCUACGUGUCCCGCGAGGAAAUACAAGCCUCUUAUCUCUUUCUUCCCCAGCUGCCUGACGGGAGCCUGCAGCUCACUCUCUACCAGUAUAAAACAUGUCCUUUCUGCAGCAAAGUCCGAGCUUUUCUUGAUUAUCAUGGGUUGCCCUAUGAAAUUGUGGAAGUGAACCCAAUAAUGAGGAGAGAAAUCAAAUUCUCUUCCUACAGAAAGGUGCCUAUCCUGCUAGCCAAUGCUGGAAGUCCCCUGCAAUUGAAUGAUUCUUCAGUGAUCAUCAGUGCAAUAAAGACGUAUCUGAUUUCCAAGAGAAAGAGCUUAGAAGAGAUUGUGUCGUUUUACCCUCCUAUGAAAACUGUGAGUGAGAAAGGCAAGGAGACACUU